GAACCAAUCAGUGAGAUGACGUGUCUCACCCAACUGAAAAGUACUUUAGCGUACAGAAAAACGGCCACGUCAGUCCUUCCCUGAUAUGAUUACGUGUCCGUGUACUCAAAUUCCUCGAAUCUCUCCGCCCUCGAUCGCAGACCUCUCCCAUGGCGGCGCCCGCUCGUACUGUUCUCUGCGGCCGCCGCUUGAGAUCCUCCUUGCCCGAUCUCCCCCCGAGAUCGCCGGCCGUCCCCGUCUCGCUUCCGAAACCUAAGUCCGGCGAUCCGGAGACCGCCAAGAUUGUUCUACAGCCUCGUCUAUGUACUCUGAGAUCCUUCGGAUCGGAUCCGAUCGUCCCUAUAAAGACGAGGAUCAGGAGAGUCUCUGGAGGCGGUGGAAACGACGACGUCUCUCCGUUCUUCGCGACUCUGUCGGAGUACAUCGAGAGUUCGAAGGAGAGCCACGACUUCGAGAUCAUCUCCGGUCGCCUCGCCAUGAUUGUGUUUGCGGCGACUGAAACAGUAGAGGUGGUGACGGGAAAUUCAGUGUUGAGAAAGAUGGAUCUGGAGGGGAUUGAGGAGGCGGCAGGAGUUUGUUUGGGAGCAGUGAUUUUGGCGGCCAUUUUUGCUUUCUCCUCCAACGCCAGAAACAGAGUAGGCCGAAUCUUCAGCAUCAGCUGCAGCACCUUCAUUGAUUCGCUAAUUGAUCAGAUUGUGGAUGGCCUUUUCUACGAUAACGAUCCCGGCGACUGGUCCGAUGAUAUCUGAAUUCUCCGGCCAUAUCAAGUCUCAAUCAAUCUCAAGUAUGUAUAUACGAGUAAAUUUAACAGAGUAAUGUUACAUUAUCGUUCUAAGUCAUGAUUAAAGUGUCACUUGAUUAGAUAAAAGUUUAGGACAUAGUGAUUGAAUUGCGUACAAUUAUUGAUACAAACAUAUUUAGCAGUUGAAUGUUGCUACUUAGGUAAAAUGUAUUGAGAUGAGGGAUGUAUUUGAUAUUGUAUCAAACUGGAAAACAAGAAAUACUUUUAUCUUUUGGAGUUGGCAUUGGGAACUAAAAUAGUCUCCGCUGAAUGAAUAGAAUCUAUAGCGUAAAUAUUGUAUAA